GUUGGAAACGUUAUUCAUUCCGUACACAGAGGGAUUUCCUCCCCCCUUCCUGCCCUUUUCCUUCUCCUUUCAAACGCUGGUUCCGUCUGUUUCUACUAAUCUAUUUUUUGACUAGCUUUGUUCGUCUUCUCCAGCGCCGUUAUCUUCUCGGGCCGUUUAACGUUUCCGUCUCACCGUCCAGAGGAACUGAAAUCGGAGAAUCGAUUUAGGUUUAUCUUCAUCUUCUCCGGAUCUUCUCCGUUGCGGUCUCAUCCUCUCGGUGCUCUCCAUCACUUUCUUUCAGUGUAUACUUCUUUCUCAACAAAUCAACACAACAAUGGCAUCUUCAUCACCAUCUUCUCCUUCAGUGCCUGCCUUUUCUUAUCAGCUUUGGAAGUACCAUGUUUUUAUUAGUUUUAGAGGAGUGGAUACUCGUAAGAACAUUGUGGAUCAUCUCUACAAAGCUCUUCUACAACGAGGGAUCUCCACUUACAAGGACGACGAAACACUUCCUAGGGGCGAAUUAAUCAGGCAAUCCCUUAUGAAGGCGAUCAAAGACUCAUAUAUUGCCAUCAUUGUAUUCUCUAAAAACUUUGCAAAUUCUUCAUGGUGCUUAGAGGAGCUUUCAUAUAUUAUGAAAUGCAGAGAUACAAGAGGGCUAAUAGUUAUCCCCAUCUUUCAUAAGGUCAGUCCCUCUGUGAUACAGAAAUGUGGAGAAGCACUCUUUGAACAUAAGCUGAAGAACGAAAAGAAAGCUAAAUCUUGGAGAAAAGCACUUGUGUAUGCAUGUAGCAUAUCUGGAUUGGAAACCCAACGAAUUGCCAAUGGGCAUGAGGCAAAGUGCAUUGAAGUAAUUGUUGACACAAUUUUGGAGAGGUUGCAUCAAGAUGUUUCAAAUCUGAAUAUUUCAAAUGUGAAUGGCAACCUGAUCGGAAUAGAGGCUCGCAAGCAAGGAUUGAUUUCAGCGUUCGAACUUGGUUUUGAUGGUGUGUGCAUGGUUGGAAUAUGGGGGGUUGGGGGCGGUGGCAAGACUACUCUUGCCUCUUCUGUUUAUGAUGACAUCUCUAGCAAUUUUGAUGGUUGUUGCUUUAUAAAAAAUGUCCGGGAGGAAUCAUGUAAUAAAGCCGGUUUAGAAAGAUUGCAAGAAAAAAUUCUUUGUGGUGUUUUGAAACAAGAACAAGUGCAUGUAACGAGAGUUGAGGAAGGAAAACGCAUGAUAAAGGAUAGGUUACACCGUAGAAAGGUCUUGAUUGUUCUUGAUGAUGUUGAUCACCUUGACCAACUAGAAGCAUUAGCUGGAUCAGAAAACUGGUUUGGUGAAGGAAGCCGAAUAAUAAUCACGACUAGAGAUCAACAUUUAUUAGUUGCACACAGAGUAAAUGUGAUACACGAUAUUUGCUUGUUAAAUGAUGAUGAGGCCACCAACCUCUUUCGCAAGCAUGCACCCCGGAAUGGCAGACCUAUAGAAGACUAUGAGCUGCUUUCAAAAGUGGUGGUCUCUUAUGCUGGUGGGCUUCCAUUAGCACUUAAUAUUCUCGGUAGUUUUCUAUGUGACAAAGAUAUGAAUGAGUGGAGGAGUGCCUUGGCUAGAUUGAAAGAAAUUCCAGAUGCUAAUAUUUUGGAAGUUCUAAAGAUUAGCUUUGAUGGACUGACAAAGGUUGAGAAAGAGUUGUUCCUUGAUAUUGCAUGUUUCUUUAUGGGGAGGGAGAAAGACAAAGCAAUGGGGAUUCUUGAGGCUUGUGGUUAUCAUUCUGUUAUAGGCAUAAAGGUGUUGGUACAAAAGGCUCUCAUAACUAUUUCAGAAGAUGGAGAGUUUGAUAUGCAUGAUCUGGUGCAAGAAAUGGGACACUACAUUGUUAGAGGGGAACACCCUAACAAUCCCGAAAAACAUAGUAGGAUAUGGAAGAAGGAAGAUGUUCUAAAAAUAUGUGCAAUGGAUGCAACGAUGGUUAGUGCAAACAAGAAGCAACGUCGGUGGUUUGGUUUGAACAUUAAACAGAGAGUGAAGGCUACACGUUUAUUGCCAGAAAUGUUUCGACCAAGGGAGCUUUCGGGUCUAACAUUGAGUGAACUCGUGCAAAAACAACUUUGGGAUGCUUAUAAGGCAGGUGAUUCUGUUAUGUUGCUGCCAGAAAACAAUGAGAUGGACUACUACAACAGCGUGACACGUCUAGAUUGUGGCACUUCUCAUGGGUAUGAUCAGACAGCUGAUUCUGAUGAUGAGGAUGAGGAUGAGGAUGGAGACACAAGACUGAACCCUGUGCCUAAGGAGGCAGAGAAAAAUGACAGGAUAGACAGGGAGAUUUUGAAGAUGUUGGAAAAGGGGAAGAACAAGGUAGAGGUGGAGGUUGUGGAUCAGAUGGAAACAAUGGAAGAUAGGAUUGUAAAUAGGAUGAAAGGGUUUCUUCACGAGAGGAUAGAUAGGUUGGAGGAUAAAAUGGUGGAGAGGAUGGAUAUGUUGGAGAAUAGAAUGAUGAAGAUGGAAGGGAUUGUUGUGAAAAGGAUGGAGAGAUUGACAAAUAAAACGGUGGAGAUGGAAGGAGGGGUUGUGCAGAGGAUUGAGAGGUUGACAAAUAAAAUGGUGGAGAGAAUGGAUAUGUUGGAGAAUAGGGUGGGAGAUGUCGACAAAUAAAUUGGUAGAGGUGGAAGAAGGGAUUGUGGAGAGGUUACAAAUAUAAUUCUACAAUUGGAACAUGAACCAGACAAUAAAUUAGGAAAAAGAGGGGUUGAUUUCAGACAACCCCAAACCGGUGACAACAACCAAGCGCCAAAGUGAUGGGUAAAACUUGGCAACAUGCUCAGAUGGGGUAACUAAGCGGUUAGCAAGGAGCUCACCAAAGAGGAGUGAAAGUACAACCGGAGGAAGACUCGCACUACCCAUUGAUGGAUUGAACCUGUUGUGCUAUUCACCCAAACCCCAACUUGCCUCCUUGGAACCGACUAAGGGGCUAUUUGAUAGUUGUUGAUUGAGUCAGACCUAGGCCCAACCUCUUUAUCAGAUCGGUAAGAAGCAUAUCAGGAGUUAUGGGACCGAAUUAGAGGAUUUUAAUUGCGGUAUCAAACUUGCAUACCAAGUAAAAGGCAUAUCAAACCGUCCCUAAGCUACGCUCAAGAUAGAAGAAGGAUUUGUGCAAAUGUGGGAAGAUAGUGUGGCUCAGCGUUUUUAUCCUUGCAGUUGAUAUGUAAUGCAUGCAAAGACCCACUGGAAACUUUUUUAUGGAUGAAAUGGUUGUCGACUGUUGAGGACCAGUUGAGUGUGUUUCUUGCUAGAUGAUAGACUGGAAUUGUAUUGAAUUUGCAUGUAGGUAUGUGGGACAAGUGUUGUUGCAAAACAAAUGAUGAGCUUUUUAUGACCGACUGUAUCAGAUAUAUGUAUGUCAACUUGGCAUAACGAGUUUUACGAGGCUUUUAUGACUGACUA